AUGUUAUUUUCAUCCCAAUCAUCUUGGGGAGCUGCCAUGGUCGCGAGCCUUUUGGCUGCGACUGUCUACGCGAUCCCAAUUCGCGACUCGAGCACCGAAACCCAAAACCGACUGCAUUCAAAGAUACAACCUCGCAACCCGAGGAUUAUUCCCGACACCGAGAAUUACCUCAGCAGCAUUUUCCACCAGCUGGGUAUUGAUACCAUAGACAAAGCCCUGGCGCCCACAUCGUCUACUGCAGAUACUACAGAAACCCCAGCCCCCUCCAGCGAAGCCAGCCAUGGGGUAGACGAGGAAGCCACGGCGACCCCGACCGCAGCCAUCGCUGAGGAGACGUCCACGCCUUCAUCGACCACGACUGCAGACGAGGUGACCUUCACAACAACUAUUAGGAAUGGAAAUAACAAUCCAAUUGAGAAUAUCCAGAUUGGACAGGGCUGGAAGGGUUCCAAUCGUAUCCACGCUUCGGAUGUGCCUGUGAUCAUGAGUGCUGUUGAAGAGGCACUUGCAAAUAGGUUCAACGACAUCGUUGAUAGCUCUGAUGAGCUUGGGUUGGAGUGA